GAAGAGUGAUAAACCCCGGCAUUGGCGGCAAAGUUUUCCUCUUCGAAGGGGGCAAUCCCACCUACACAGCAGAAACACACGCACACACACACACAGAAAGCAAAGGAAACCAAAAGAAAGAAUCAGGCUCAGCCUCCGAACACUCGAGCAUAAACUUAAAGUUAUCCAGAGAUCCAGCGACACAAACAGAACCUGAAUCAGCCAAGUGGGAUGGGAAUGGGAAUGGGGAUAUGGGAGUCGAGGAUGAGAAUGAGGCUGCGGCUGCGACAGUAAUCCCCCUCGAUCUCCACCGCACCCUCGAUGAUAUCCCGAUAUAUAUAUAGUAUACUCCUUAUCCCUUUGCGCCCCCCACAUGACACAUGAGUUGUCAAUGCAAUAUAAUAAAUACGAUUUUUGACUUUGUUAAAGCGCUGCCAAGGCGUGUCGUUGUCCCAGAUGUCUCCCCUCAAAACCCCCUCCCCCUUAUCCCCCCCUUUAUCCUUAUCAGGAGGAGAAGCCCCGAGAAGUGUGUGUGGGCGGGGGAAAUGCGCAUUAGGCCGCAGGCGGGACUCUCGGUUUGCGUCUGGUCCUGGCCGCAUACAAUAAAGGAUAAUAUGCAUAAAAUGCUCAAGUUUAUACGCACCAGUUAAAAUGUCAUUUCGAGCUUAUGCGUGAGAGCUUGUGUAGAUUUGGGAGGGGAAAAGCAGAGGGAAUUGGGAGAAAUUGAAAGAAAAAAACGAUAAACGAUAUUAAGAGGGAUGUGAGUGUAAUGCGAGUAUGGCGAAUAGGGUAUAUCCUUGGCCACGUUAUUCGAGAUCAAAAAUGACUGGCAAACAUGUUCAUAAACCAAAUGACUACAACACUUUGGCUUUGCACUUAAUGCUGGAGUUUUUUCAGACUUGUUUUAGGUUAUACACUUGAAAUCAUAGAACUGAAAAUUUAUUUAGUUGAUAUUUACUACCAAUCAUAGUAAUAAAAGUGCAGUUUUUAGCUUAGAUCACCAAGUAAUAAAUAAAAGUUUAGAAAGUGCAGUUAACAUUUUUUCAUUCAAUUCAACUUUUAUAGCUGGUCAUAUAAAUUUGUAGUUAAGCCAUUUUCAGAGCAACCUGCAACUAGUAAUCUAUACGAAAUGCUAGCUAUCGAUUUCGACUUCCAACUAAGUCACUCCUGUGAUUAGUUAAUAUACCCUUCUUGGAGAGGAAAAGAACCCAGCAAAGGAAACCACAAGAAGAGCCAGAUGAGCAUGUGACAGGCAAACAAUGUUGCCUUUAUUGAUGUGCGUCUGAGACAGAGAGUGAGAUGCGGCAUGGGGCAUAAUGUGGUUGCCGAGACAUGCAAUAUAAAAUGGAUUACCGAAGGAGGGGCGAGAAUGCGACCGGGACUUAAUCUAGUCCCGUCCAUCAUACUGGUGUAUCUCUGCCCGAUUUCCUGCAGCAAUUUCCGUUUAAUUAUCAGCUGGCCGGUCAACAAUAAUCUGGCCAAGAGAGAGAGAGAGAGAGUGCCAGGUAAAUGGUAACUCCGCAUUCCAUAACCAAAGCCAAGCAGUUGACCCAAGUUGGCUUCAACUUAAAGCAGACACCGGCGAACGGCAAACGCCGAACGACAAACGACAGACGGCAGAGAGAACUCUUUGACCAAGUUUGUGGGUUCGCCGAUGGUGGCAAGCGAAACGACCCCAUUAGGUGAUAGACAAAAUCGUAAUCCCAAAGCAAAUCAGUUGCCCUGCCCCGAGUUGUGGCAGCCAAUGCAAAGAGCUCGAGCCGAAGAGCCGGCGAGCUGACAGCCAAGUUGCAGCCAGAGCCAUAAAAAGCAGCACACAGACAGCAGAUAGCCAGAAAUAGAGUUGGCGGAAGGUGGGGAGUGCGGGGAGCGGAGGUUGGAGAACGGAGAUUGGAGGUUGGAGGAUGAAGCAUGGAGGAUGGUCAACCGGCGACUUUCCGCCACACGUGCUGGAAAAGCAGGAAAGCAUAGAAGCAGGAAGGCAUCAGAAAGCAGCAGGAAAGACCUCUGCAACUGUCGAAUGCAAAACGGCAAGGGACCAACUGCAGUUGGCCAAAACAAAAAAAAAAAAAACAACAAAAACGAGAAGGAGGAGCUCCACCUACAGACCGCCAAUGUCAUAAGUACGAAAUGGGAAAAAAGCACAUGGCAAAGCGCGCUCUGAAAUUGGCAAAACGUCAACACAGUUCCGCUCGCUCGCGAUACUAUUUCUUUUUUUUUCUACUUUGGUUUCGCCAUAUUUAUGGAGCGGAGGAAGGCCGACCAUAUUUGGCAUCAUUAAGCUGCUUUGAGUCGGGCCUUUGAGGGCGUAAAAUGAGCAGUCUUGCGAUUGGAGAUCGUUGACCCCAGACGAGAUGCAAUUGCCAACCAAUGACCUUGAUGGCCCCCUAUGAAAGCAGAGAUAGAGAUACGGAUACUGAUACAGAUACUGAUACAAAUGGGGAGAUUUGAGUCUUAAGAGUGAGCGCAGUCUGAUGGUGACUUGUGUUUUACACAAAUUGACAUCUGAAAUGGCAGAUUCAUUUGGCGUGCCGGAGUAAUGCGGAAGUGCGUGUCUCUGGCUCAACAGGCAAUCCGCAUCCGUAUCUGUAUUUGUAUUUGUAUCUGUAUCUGUAUCUGCAUUCGAGUCUGGAUCUGAAUCUGCUUUGUCCAUUUGCGGACGUUUCGCUUUUGCUCAUCAAUGCGCAAUUAUUUAUUUAUACAACAUGUCUAACAGCCGUCUGUCUUUCUCUCUGUUUGUCUGCUGUUGCUGUUGUUGCUGCUGCUGCCGCUGAUGUUGUUGCAUGUUGCCACGGACAAAACCCCAACAACGACGCCCACAUCGAUGUUCCAACACCUCUGCACUGGCAAAGCCCCCCAGCCCAUCAUUGAAUUAAACUUGUAUGAGAAUUGUUGUUUCCGUAGCUGUUGCUCUUUCGGCCUUUUCACAUUUCAUUGCCAUCGCCGGCAUUUGGCUCUUGCCAAUCAGUAAUUCCACUCUUGUGCCGUUCCUGUGUGUUUCAGCAGCUCCUUUUGUGUACCGAUUUGAGCUAUUUCCGCCGCUGACAGCAGCAGGAACCCCUCAACAACACACACAAAAUAGCCCUGCACUUCCACUUUGCCGUCGAAAACAGUGCGUUGAUAUCUUAAAUGACACCAGCCGCCAAAUAAAGAUUGACGUCAAAUUCAUUAUCGCCAGCAACAAGGGACUUUUAGAUCGAGGGGGAAGGGGAGUUACGGGGGCUUUUGUUCAGAUGUGUCAAGUGCAGGCGUACAUACGAGUAGAUCCAGAUAGCCACAGAAUGCCAUAAUGCCAUAAAAUUCAGCUAUACGAGUGUGUGGACUCUUGAAAGCAAACAUUUUGUACAUACACAAUAAUUGUUAUCGAUUUUUAAUUGAAGUCGCACACGGAGAUGGUAAAUGUGCAAUUAAAAAGGCAAAUAACAAUAUUUGAAUAUGCAUUGGAUGCCUGAAUAGUUUAUCCCAAGACGUUUUGUUAUUUAAAUUGGUUUUUGCCAGCUAUCGUUUGAUUUAGAUGACUUUUUAUGGCAAUUUAAAGAGUGACUAUGACUUGGCAUUUAAAAAUUUAAGAAGAGGUUGAUGGAGCCAUGAGGGUACACUAUUAAAAACCGAUUAAUCGGAUAGUUCUCAGCGAGAGGCAGCCAUUAAAUUGCUCAAUUUGCUGCAUUCCAAUGUGCUUUUAGUGAAAAAGUGCCAGCCCAAUAUGGGCAUACCUCAUGCAUACGAAAAGCUUAUACCUUCCCCACCAAUUUCCCCUUGAUUUUCGACUGGCAUUGCAACACGAACAAUCGCUCCAUAUACGAACCGACUUGGGGACGGGACACCGGGGCUCUGUUGCUAUUUUUAAUUCAAUUAAAUGUCAUUUGCGCCACUCAACUUUAAAUUUUAACUGCAGCAUAAUUUGGCCAGGCGACGCGUCGCCCAAAACCGGCAACAAAAGGGAAGCUCCAAUGCGAUGCGAUGCGUUGCAUUUUGCGUUGCGAAUGUUGCCAGGUUGCCAUGAAGCUGCCAUGAGGCUGCCAUGAGAAUGCCAUGUUGCGAUGUUGCAUGUGCGGCACGCGUGGGCAGGAUGUGCAGGAUGCGGCAGAGACAACGUUGCACGACGCCAACGCGAGAGCUGCCAAAAGGACAGGAUAAAAGGAGGGCUCCAAAAGGUUGCAAAUGGGGAAGGGGGAAAUGAGGAAGGGGAAAUGGGAUUGGGGAAUGGGGCAACGACAAGCAGGCAGAAAAAGAGACACAGACUUGCCAGCGGAGAGGCAGUUAAUCUGGCGAUAAUGACGGCACAUAAACAGCAACGAUGAUGAUGGGCAACUGAGGCCAAACAAAAAAAAAAAAAAAAAAACCUUAUAACUGGGUUGCUGUCACCCCUUUUUUUCGCUUAUUUUUCUUUUUUUUUUGACUGUGUGGGAAGUGGUUGUUGCUGCUUCACCUUCAAAAUGCCAAAUUGCACGUAAUGUGCGACACUUUUAGGCGACAAGCGAAGCAUGCACUUUUCGCCUAAUUUCCCAGGCGCUUUCACUUCAGCACAAAUUAAAGUGUAAUCAAUUUGGCCCGAGAGGAAGUGGCAAUGGCCUGUCGUCGUUCGUCGAGUGACAUAAUUCCAGCAGAUAUUAAACACUUUGUCAUUUAUGUGUCAAAAUCAUGUCAGCGUGAAAAGGCGAGAGACAAGGAGAGAACCAAGCCAACGAAAUUGUCAAGUGUAAUAGAAAUCAAGUGAGUGAACAGACCGAGCAACUGACAAACUGCCACAUGGACGGACUGACACGCAUCUAAGGGAAAAGCGAAGGAAAAGUUAGGCAAGGGGAGGAAGGGAAAGGGGAGGUGGAAAACCCGGGGAAGCUGCAAAGAAACGCAGGAGCGAGUCCUUUUAAGUGGCGCACUCGCGGCCUAAUGCUCUCCGACAUAUUUGGGGCGUGGCUUACAGAACGCUGCACUGCACUAUAUAGAACUACACUUGACUACACACCAUGCAACACACUGUGCAACAUGGCACCUGUCACGAUGCUGGCGCAGUGGCAACUUGAUGUCGCUGACAACAAAGCGGGCCAAUCCCGCCUGCCUGCCACCCACUAACAAAAAAAAAAAAAUCCACCCACGGCAAGUGGAAAGUAACGCCAACUGAGCUCGCUCCAUUUUCCAUGUGGCACAGUUUCCGCGCCACAAGCUCCUCUAUCUCAUCCACCCCCCUCCCUUCCUCCUUCGAAAAACUCCACGCCAGCCAAGGCAUUGACCAACUUACCUUAAUUGAAUCCAAGUUCUUAUCGCUCGCUAGCCAAAGUUUCUAAACAAUAUCUUAUCAUGCGAGCGAGUGCAAACUUUGGCUCGCUAUCGCUGGGUUUUUAGGUAAACACAGUCAGCUGGCCUAAUAUCAAUUAAUUAAAAGCGAAAGUGCUUGACAACGACAGCAGUAAGCUGGUCAAACUAAGUUUAGUUGUACUGUAUAAAAUAAAAGGAAAAACGAGUAGUAUCAAAGCAACCACAACUUUAAUUUCAAGGAUAACAAUUAUGUGUUUAAAAGCCUUACAAGGACGCAAGCCUUUUAGGCCUCAAUAAAACGUUUCUGAAUGUAGAAGCCCCAUUUUUAACCCAGCUUUCUGGCGACCAACUUCAAUUAAUUAAAAGCGAAAGUGCCGGGCAACGUUGGCGAGCUAAAUAAACUGGCCCAAAGAAAUGCAUACUUUCGGCGACUGGCAUUAAAUAUUGAAAGGCCAGAAGGCUCUCAAACAUUCAUGGGAAUUUCUUAUUUCAGGGCGCCGCCGGCAGAGCUUAGCUCAUUUGAAAUGCAACCAAAAAUUGACGCAGCCCAGCCGCAUUAAGUAAUGGGUGGUGCUCCGUGUUUUUGGUGCCCAAAGGAAGUCACGCAUCCGCAACGCCAGAGAAUAUUCAUUUAAUCAAGUGGCCUAAGACUCCUGGUCUUCCCUUCGGCUUUUCCCUCACUUUUCCUUUCCUUUCCUCUGCUUUUCCUUUCCUUUUCCCGGUCACGUCAAGUGGGGACUUUUAUGAAGCAGCCGCAGCAGCAGUUGAGAUCAUCUUGUGUGACAUUGGGGGGCGGAGGUCAUAAAAGCGGGCUGAGCGCCUUUUAAUCGCCACUGUGUUAACGUGCAACGUUGCGUAUGCGCAAUUUUCUGCCAUUUUAUUGCUGAUGAACAUCGCAAAAUUACAGCAACACUCUGGCCCACACACGUAUUCAAUGUCAAUCAUCAUUUGCAGCAAUUUAUUAUUAUAAUAAUAAAUGUUUCGGGGGCUCUUCCCUUGGGUAAAAAAGGCAAACCCCAGCCCACAUUCAAAUUUGCUUGCUUUUUUUUCGUUCCCAUCUUGGCUUGACAACGAAAAUUGUGUUUUCUUUCAAGUAGUUAACAUGGAAAACGUUGAACAAAUCGCAUUAAUUGCUGUUGUUGCAGUGGGACAAGCUGGAGGGGGAGGGGAAAUGGGAAAUGGGGGGUUCUAUAUGGGGGCUUAAUGCGGGACAACUUUUGCCAGAGCAGCCCGCAUAAGCAUGUGUGUGUGUGUGUGUGUGUGUGUGUGUGUGAUGGUGUGCUUUUUAAGUACCGCUAUGACAGGCAGUAAAAACAACUUAACUUGGCUUGCCAAGCCAAGCCAAAGCAAACCGAAAACCCAAGGCAUUGUUGAGCUGUUAAUGAAAAGUCAACUUGAUUUUAUGCCAGACCAGCCAACCGUCCAAAAGCCUCGGCUUCCUGCCUCCUUUUUGCUCCUUCGUUGCUGCUUUUGGUCCUUCUGCCACGGCGUGUCGCAUGCAAAGCCAAUGUGCAACAAGACGGCAAGAAAAGCAUGAGCCUCUCAGCCAUGGAGCAACUGAAAAAACUUUCACUUUAUCAUUAAGCCUGACGGGUGAACUUUUUUGAGUGGCUGCUCGCUCCUCCGUGUGUGGCCAGUUUUCCAGCCUUACAGUUUCCCAGCUUUCCCAGGCACUAGGACUACUCCCUUAUAUUGAAACAUAAAUAGAAUUAUAAAUACUCCACAGGCAUCGUCCUCUCAGUGUGAGUGUGUGUAAAAGUGUGUUUAUGUGUGUGUGAAAAAUCAGUUAAAGUUAUUGCAUGUCGUCGCAACUCGACAUAGACAAAUGUUGCUCUUGUCACAAGUGGAAGAGGCAGCAGCAACAGCAGCAGCAGCAACAACACCAGGAACUCCUGGCCCACCCACGUCAACUGGCUGUCUUCAUGUGCCUGUUGCCAACUUGACGAAAAUUGAAUUUCGAAACAUGCUGGCUAAAAGAAAAUGUACAAAAAAAACCAAGCAAAGGACUACAAAAAAAAAAACGGCAUCGAGUACGAGAAACAAAACAAAAUAAAACUCUCUCGCAAAUAGAGAAACAUUUCAGCGGCAAAAACGGCAUGAACAACAACAACAAGAAUAACAACAACUACAACAAAAACCAUGAAAAUGACAGCGUAAAGCCGGCAAAUGCAACAACAGCAGCGGCAAAAACAAAUGCCAACAAAAUGGCGGCUGUUAAAAUGCGAAAAACGCGUUGAAAACUGUUUGAACAACAAGGAGUUGCUGCGGCAAAGGAAUCGAGCGAACGCACAACAUCAGGACAACAACAACAACAACAACAACAACAACAACUGUAUUUAGUGCCGCCAUCAUCACUAGAGGUAUGUGUGUGUGUGUGUGUAUGUGCUUCGCUAAGUGCCUUUGCUCUUCGUCCUUUGGAUCCUUGGCCUCCCCUUUCCCCCCAUUACUUAUUUCCCCCCACACCGCCCUUUAUUGUCCUUGUUUGCCAGUUAUGUUUUUUAGCUUUACGUAAAUUGCGUAAAUUGUGUGCAUUUUAUUACGCUACACUUCAUGCUGUCACGCCCCCAUUUCCAACCAUUCCCCCAUCCGCCCAUUUUUCAUACAUCACCUCUUUCUUCUUUUCAUUUUUUUUUUUUGGUUGGCAAACAUUUUGCCAAGUUUUUUUGGUUGCUCUGCUGUCAGCAGGAGGAAAAUGUCUUCGUCAGUUUUAUUAGGUGAGAACUGUGCGUUUUACGUGUAAGUUGUUGAUGCGAACGGCAAACUGAUGUGCGGAUGUAUCAUGUUUUGGCCAAAAUAUGUUGACUGUAUUUUGAUGGGAUCGAAACUAAGCCCUCGGGCCUGACCCAUUUCAAAGGAAAUUAAUGUAAAUUUAUUGUCCGACCGUCUAUCAGUCAGGCGAACAAGCAAUUCGGCCCUUUGCCGUCACUCACGUCGUACCUUUAAUAACACAUUUUUUUUUUGGGCUAAUUGAUACGCCUGACGGCAUCGCGUGACCAAAACUGAACGCUAAACGACAAAGAUAAACACACAAGAAGAAAUACUCGUAAAAGCGACAGAAAAUGAGAAUGAAAAAAAAGAAAACAACCGGCACGAAAAACGAAAACCAAAAUCAAAUCGCAGGGCGCCAACGAAACUUCCACGCGACGCCGUUCAAGUUCAUUGCCAUUUAGGCCAAAAUUGGCGCACGCGGAACUUGUCUUCAGUCGAAAUACAAAAAAAACAAGCACGAAGGAAGCCAAAAUACGAACCGAAAACCCAGCGAACGGAAAACGAAAACCAAAACAAUUCGAAUACAAUGUAAAGAAAAACACACAAGGCACACGGCUAUUUUUGGUAACGCACGUAGAGCACCGACGGCCGCAGAAAUUGUUGGUGAAAAUUGAGGCAUUAAAUUGCACUCGAUCGGCGGACGACGGAUGGAUUGUGCACACUUGGAUCGAGAAGACCAGUUUCCCGGCACGUUUCCCCGGUUCCCACAGCCAAACCCCCCAAACCUUCCCGCCACUUUCCACUUGAUAAAUGCGAGGAGGCAUUUAACGCAUUUUGUUGCAAUUAAUUUUUUGGCUUAGGGAGUGUGCAAAUUUUUGGUUGCCUGCCAACCGCGAAAUGUUGAUCGCCGACGGAAAAUCGAAAAAUCGGAAAAAUCUUUUUCAUAAAAGCGAAAAUCUCGCAUUCCAUUAUCAAGUGGUUGCAAAUGAGAUUUUUGCCUGCCAGCAUGGCGAACUCAUUGCUCUCGUAAAACACGGAAAAUGCACUCAAAAUGCAGUUGAAAUUGCAUUUAACACAUUUUCCCGCCACCCAUUUUCCGUGGCCUGCGGGGUAUGAGGGAUGUUACUUUUGAUUUAUUUGCAUGACAAACGGGUUAAUUACAGCAUGUUGCGGCAGCAACCAGCCCCAGUGGGCCAGCCAGGCUAACAAAAACAGGAUUUUUUUGCUUGCAUAGAGGCAAGCACAAUUGUUGCAUGCUGCCCGCUGCUCAAUAUACACGAUGAUGCAACAAACAAAAAGCUGGGACAUUGUGGGCGUUUGGAAUUGGCGCCAGUGCUCCCUGGGAAACAUAUAUUUAUGUAAAAAUAUUUCGGCAAUCGACAAGCUUGUUGUCCCUGCAUCGUAAACGAAGUUUUGGAGACCGAUGAAAAUAAAAAGAAAUAAACCCACUUGGCACCAGGAGGUGCAACGUCAUUUAUUACACCCAACUCACACACACACUGGCAAGCGAGGGUUUCUUUGUUAUUUGAUUGAGCUUGAGGCUGGCAUUGAGUGUCCAUAAUGGAAUUUUUAUUUAUUAAAUGCGAGUCUCUGUCCAUCGGCAGUGCCGUUGUGUAAUUUAUCACAGCCUGGCCAGCCAGAAAGGAAUUUUCUGCGGGAUUUAAUGCCAUGACAAUGGGUGAGAAGCGGCGGAAAACGCGGCGGCAACUGGGGUUUUGUGUGGAGUGCGGACUGUGGAGUGUGGCAAUGCAUAACGCAUUAACAAACGGCUUUCAGCUGCAUAUUGGCUUUUGUGAUUAACGCUCACACAUGCAGCGCGGCGAGCGCACAAAAACAUUGAUACCCUUGUUGCUGAAACGGGCUAUCGAUAGCUGCGAUUUAACCCAUGUUCCAGCGAAGUGAACUAUCAGGGGGAAAAUAUGGCAAGGUACUUUAAGUUAAUGAAAGGCUUGCAAAAAAUGAUUAAAAGGUAAUACUUUUGAACCCAUCAAAUUACGCGUAUUUACUAUGAACAUAUACAAGGCUCAAAAUCAUUUUAAGCUUUCGGAAAAAUAUUAUUGAUAUAACAACAACGUCUAAACCAUUUUUUAAUCAAUUAUGAAUGGGUUGUUUUUUUAAGAACAGCUAAAAAUAAGUUUCAGUAUAAAAAAACCCAUUCUGAUUUAUGCAAACCCAUCUACGCUUUUAAAGCCAGACCAAUGGGUUAACUGUGAGCUCUUUUUUCAAUAUUAUAACGACUGUUAAAUGCCACAAAUUGUUUAAUGCGUCGGCCUGCACUCAGCCCUCUUAACCCACCACCAGCAGCACCACCAGAACCACCUCCACCACCGCCUCGUUGGAACCUCAGUGGAACUCACGGUGGCUCUCCAGUGUGCAGCCACCGAGCGAUUUAUGCAAAUGCAACCAAUGCACUUAGCGCCGUUAAAUAAACAAAGGCAUUAUCAGCAACAGCUCCAGCAGGCAGCAGUCAUCAGGCAGCAGAGACAGAAUGCAAAAUGCAAAAUGCAGAAUGCAGAAAUGCAAGACAAUGCAUUAAAUUCCCUUUGCGAAAUGCUGAUGUGCGGAGUGCAAAGCCGCAGCAGCAGUAACACACAUCAAAAAUUCACUAUGGAACUUAUCUAAAUGCACUAAAUUACACAUUUAGUAAGUAUCUUAAAUCAAGACCUGCACACACACACUUAAGCAAUCUAAGCGCAUAAACAACAAGAACAAACGAUGAGGUUCGUAUGCAAAUUUUGCAGCAAGCUGGCUGGCAAAUUGAGUUGGCAUGGUCAGGGCUCUCAAGAUUUUGCCCUAGCUGCUUAAUUUGCGUGCGAGCUUUACAUUUUUUUUUGUUUCUGCCUUUGCUCCCAGUAGUGCUCAGUAUUUCUGCUGCCCUCCAUCGAUUAUGUAAAUGCGAAAAUUUCCAUUAAAUGCAUUGAAUUCCAUUACGAACGCAUCAUCAUCAUCGUCGUCGUCGUCGUCGUCGUUGUAGUGAGCGUUGUAAACCAGCCAUCAGGCAGUCAGACAGACAGAGUGAUUCGGUGGAGAUCUCAGCUGUGGAUGCCCAUUGUCUUGCGGUCUUGGCGAAUUUAUAGCUCGACAACUACUACUGCCGCUCGGCACAAUGAAGUCAUUUGCUGUGGAAUGCUCGCCGCUCGACGAGGCAAGUGAAAAUGCCUGGCCCGAAUAUCGUAAAUCGUUUACUGGUCGCCAGCCAGUUGCUUGUUGGCUGUUGCCUGUUAGCUGUUAGCUGUUGUCUGUUGUCUCUCGGAGGUAUUUUCAUUAGCCAAACACAAAUUGAGGCAACACGACACGACACACAAACCGAAAGAAAAACACUUAACAUCAACACGAAAAAGACUAAGCAAGCAACAAGGUUAAAAUGGGGAGGGAAGUUGGGGGGGGAGGGGACUGUUUAGGCCAAGUCGAGCUCAACAUGGCUCUGAUCGGCUCAGGUGAGUGACUACAGCGGACUGAGCCACUCGCAGAGCGAGAAAAACCAACAGAAACUACUGUUUAAACAUCUCUGCAAGCCGCGCUUGUUGCCACGGAUUUUACCUGGUUUUCUGUCUGGUUUUUACCCCUUUUUUCCAAUGUUGGCCAAUGACCAAACAGAAGCUUACCGAUGCUUAUUGCAGCUGGCGGGGCUUAUAAUUUGCGUACUGAGCUUGGAGCCAUCAUUUUCGUAGUUUCUGUGGGGUGGAUGUGUGAAAAUUUCUGUGUUGGCCUGCGGCAUUUUAGAAACUGCAGCUGGCGUAAAUGUGCAUUCAAAUGGAUCUUUUGUUUGCGGCUUUCACUGCUGACGCCGCCGCUUCACUUUUGUAUUUGGCUACGCAUUUCACACUCUAAGUGGUGAAAAUCUCUCUUUGACGCACAUUUCAAAACUGAAAACUGUAAAACUGGCAACUGUAACCGAAAACCGAACUGAAAUCGUUGAAAACCCGGGAAAAUGUCGAGGGAAAAUCAAGAGUGCGAUGGCGUUUUGGAGAGGCCCAGCAAAACCCUGGUUCUGAUAAUCUUCACCCUCGCCGUUUUCCUCAAGUUGUGCAUCAUUAUUGUGGAGAUAAUGGUCUGAUGGAAUUACCUGAAACGAGACAAGAAAAAAGGGACGUAAUUAGUUGGCGUUUUCUUUGCGUUUUCUUUUUAUUUUAAGAUAAGUGUAAACAAAGAGCCGAGAAAAGCGA